AUGAGUCAAGUGCACUCGAAGGUCGAAGAUAUGAAGAGGUGGAAGGCAUAUCUGAAGAAGAUAUUGAGACGAUCCGAUCCGACUCCCAAGGGCAACCUCGUACGCUUCGAAGAGCAGAUCACAGGAGAGAUCAUGCAAGCGAGAGAUGAUACCACGUUCAAGGAUAUCGGAGGUAUGAAGCAAGUCAAGAUCGCUCUCACCGAGAUGGUCAUACUGCCAUCCGUUCGGAGCGACAUCUACACCGGGCUCAGGACUCCCCCGAGGGGUCUGCUCCUGUUCGGUCCCCCUGGCAACGGAAAGACGUACAUCGCACGCGCCGUCGCGAACGAAGUCAAGGCGACCUUCUUCUCCAUAAGUGCGACCUCGUUCGCGUCCUCCCGGGUAGGCGAUGCGGAGAAUCUCCUUCGAGCUCUGUUUACGGUGGCUCGGAAGAAACAACCUUCUCUCAUAUUCAUAGACGAGAUAGACAGCAUCCUCACGAAGAGGUGCGAGAACGACCAGGAGUAUACCCGCAAGCUGAAGACCGAGUUCUUCGUCCAAUUCGACGGGGUGGCGACCGACAAGAGCGACAGGGUCACCGUCAUAGCGGCUACGAACCUGCCGCAGGAGCUGGACGACGCAGCUGUGCGACGGUUCGAGAAGAGGAUCUACGUCGGCUUACCAGAUCUCACGACCAGACAGAAGUUACUGGAGAAGCAUCUGCAGCCAAACAUUCCGAAUCCUAGAUCACGGAUCCUCGAUGUCCCGGUAGAGAGAAUAAAACCGGUCAAGUUCGAACACUUCGAAAAGGCAAAGGAUGUCAUCAAACCCAGCGUCAAGAGAGAGAGCCUGAACGCUCUCGAGAAGUGGAACGCUGACUUUGGAUCCUUUCCGAACAAGGAGCUGGACUGA